CUUUGCUGAAACAAUAGCUGCAAAAUUCAAUAACCAAAAUACUAAAAAUAAAAAAUCUCCAAUGAUUAACCAACCUGUAACUAAAUCUUCUUCAAUAGCUGAGCUCUACAAACCAACUAAUGCUACUAAAAAGUUGCUAGUAAUUAAACCACUUAAAACUAAACCUUCUUCGAUAACUAAACCAUAUACACGAACUAGAAGCAAGUGCAAAUUAACAGACUUAGCAACAGAUAUGUUAAUUAAUUUGGAUAAAUCAGAUUAG